AUGGAGCAACAAUCUCUCCCAGAGCAAUCACCUCCGGCCUACUUCAACAACCGAUAUCAUCAUCAAGGAAUCUACCCUAGUCCUCCCGGAGAGGAGCGUCGUCCUUGGGACUUCGACUCCCCAACAGCAUACCUCGGCGCUCAGACCUCUCCUUCAUCUCCCCCCACAGCAGCAUAUGGCGUUCCUUAUAUCCCAUUUCCUCGGCCUCGUCAAGAUCUUGGUGCCGGUGAAAACACCCCAACGUCCAGUGUCGGACUCGGCAUCGAUGCUGUCGCUCCUUCCCCGGGCUAUCCCUUGAAUCCACUCAAGUCUAUCCGGGAUCCUUAUCAACUAGAUUCCAACGAGAGCUACGAUCAAUCGAAGGGAAGGAUUUUCCAGAGCGAGCGUCUCCUUUCCAGUCCCGAGGAUAUAGCUGCUCAUGGUCAACACUAUCCAGACGUCAAUCGUUCUCGACGCCAUCCAAAUUCAUCACGAUCGUUCCCCCCUUCCUGGAGGUGGAGGUGGGUAGGCAGUGCAUGGCCGCUCUAUUCCACGUUCUGCCUUGGUAUCAUCUUCGCUGGGUGCCAUCAUUCUCUGUACGAUCGUCUUGAUGGGAGGGAGGCAACCGACCAGAUUAACAUGAUUCGCUGGGGUGGUCUGUUUUCGUAUCUUUCGAAGGCUUGCUUGGUGGCAUCUGUUGUCUUCACUUACCGCCAGCAAAUCUGGGCGACCGUAAGGAGGAAGGCCUUGAACCUUAAAACAAUCGAUAGCCUCUUUGCGGCUGUAGAUGAACCAGCUGCGUUGCUGAACAAGGAUUUUCUCAAGGAGGCAAAGCUCGCUGUGACUUUAGCAAUUCUAGUCUGGCUGUUCCCCCUUACGGUCAUUCUUACCCCAGCCACAUUAACCGUCGGCCCUAUCGAGCUCAAGAACGAUUCCGCCAUAUGUUACGGUGUGAGGACCCUAAACUUCGAAAACGAGAUGCACAAGAACUGGAGGAAGGAAGACCGGAUUCGCGGGUACCGCGGCGUUUCCGUUUCUCUAUGGAAUUGCACCCUCCCUGAUUCCGAUCAAUUCCCUGAUGAGCCUUUCAACAACACAUACUUUGACUAUUGGACAGGAAGUAGCUUCCAAAUCGACUUGGUUAUGUCGCGAAGCGCCUUGAUGGGAACCGUUAUUCCGAUGUCGAAUGUAGCGCUCGAGACCUGCGGCCCUGGGUGGAAUUGCACGUACAACAUCUCUUUUACCGGACCCGGUUAUAAGUGCGAAGAACUUGCUCGAGGUGCUCAGCUUGACGAAGAGAAGAUGAGGAAGAAAGGUGUGCCUUUCAACACAAGCGACCUCAUCCCUCGUGGAAACUUCAGCUAUAUAGCUCAUACCAAGCUUGGCGAUUACUCUCCCCAACAGAUGGAGAAUUACACAGAAGGCACGCCGGGUGCUCCUAAUAUUACCCCUCCUUGGCCGGAAAAUUUCGGGGCCUUCAGAACAGAGCCUCUCCUCUGGAUCGGCUAUUCUAUCGCAACACCAAAAGGCUCCGACAAUGGUACGAAAAAGCCACCUACGGAGAAGAGCGAUUCAAGAUGGAACAUCGCCUUCGAGGCAUCUGUGCAUCGCUGUGAGCACUGGCUCGCUGAAUACACGGUGCAAUUCAACCAGACUCUCGAAACCCAAACCACCAAGGUCAUCAAGCGCAAGUUUCUCCAUCGCAUCAUCGACACUGAAUAUCUCCCCGACAAACCAGCGAAUGAUGGAACCUGGGACAACACAACAGCUGUCCCAGAAUCUAAUUAUGUGUUCCCUUUGGACGUUGAAAGGUACCGACUGAUUGCGGCAUAUCACUCAGUUGGCAGCAUAUUCCGCCGCUUUCUCAACGGAACCAUUCAAUACUUUCCCUACGCGAAUCCAGCUACUGAUAUUACGAAAACAAAUCUGAUUAACAAAGAUAUAUACCUUCCCUGGCCGAAUCUCAUCGAGAACAUCCAACACCUCUAUGAGAAUAUGACGCUUUCUAUGCUUUCCGACCCAGAGCUGGUUGCUGUGUCCUGGGCUCACAACCGCUCACGCUCUGGAGUCACCGAGAAAGCCCUAGAACCAUACAACACCACGGGCUACAAUUGUACCAAGACUCGCAUUGUCAACGCCUAUAUAUAUAACCGCCGCGAUUUGUGGAUUGCCUACACGAUCGCAAUUGUUGUAACCCUUCUCUCCGUCAUCCUCGGUGCGGCAUCACUAGCACAGAACAAUCACCAUGUUCGCGAUGUCCAUGUCUCAUCCAUCGUUGCCGCCACACGUGCCCCCUGCCUGGAUAGCCUGCCGUGGAAGAGCUCCAAAUGGGGGGAAGUCCCAAAGGAAAUUAUGGAGACUAGGCUGGGAUAUGGGGUCAUUGUUGACUCAGGUCCGAACGGCACGCCCGCACUAGGACGGGUCAACACGGACGGAAAUGCGAUAUCCGGGAAGGUAUAUUAUGGGUUUGCCCCUCCGGAGGUGUUGAAGGUCAAUAGGUCACCGACCAGCUCCCCUCCUCCAUCGGAACCCCCUAAGGAAGAGUUCAUGAUUGAGGGAGUAGAACAUGACGAUAAAUACCGAAUGGUUGAGGACGAGCUUCUUGCCAUGGCAGGCCAGUUCACCAGACACCUCCACGCUGCCGAGUACCAGCGACUCAAGGACCUUUCCCGGUCCAAAAAUGCGGAAGCCAUCCACAACAUCUCGCGUCCUAUCACUGCAAAGAUGAGCGACCUGGUCAAGCGCCGGUAUGCUGCCCUCGACACGGCUGCCAAACAGCAGAAAGGCUUGACUCAGAUCCUGGGAAAGAGAAAAGACAGGGAAUGUUCUGUGUCACCGAAGAAGCCGAUUGCCACAGCACUGCAGGACUUGUUGGAGAGUCCUAGGAAUCAGAUUGUGCCUGUACCAUUGCCUCUCCCUCGCACGACCUCCAGGCACAGAGAUCGCAGUCCUUCCAUGUCGCUAAGAGCCACUAUCAGCCGAGUCCAAGGUGGCAGCACCAUUCCAAGUGCUGCAGGAGAUCGGAAGGAUGCAUACGUUUCCAAGUUUACACAUGAGGCUACUUCUGCAACAAACGACGGCGAUCUUGACGUUCCAGCUUGUCGGGCAUCGAAAAUGGUGUCGCUGCCAUCUGGGACUAGCCAGACAUCUAGAACAGCAAAGUCACCUGGUUUAGGACAGCUUAUCCACCGUACUGAACUUAGCCCUUCCACGAACCCAUUUACUCAGUUCUCUGCUAAAACAGGCCGGGUCAGAACCCUUCAAGAAAUCUGGAAAGAAACAAGCAACCGAUCAACCGUCAAACAAGAGCCAGAAGAUGAAGAGGAGGAUUUCUUUGCCCGAUUAAGGGCAAGGAGAGUUGAGCAGAGGCGUCGUCGCGAAGCAAAACGGCAAGAGCUCAAAGCCAAUCCCGAAAGUCAACCGACAAAACUGGAUGAAAUUCCAUUCAUAUAA